AUGCCUUCACUUGCAGCUGCCGAAGGGCUCCCACCCGAUACGCGCCGAAUGGUUCAAGUUCAGGAGCGAGCCCAGGACUCGGCCUCGGUAACUUCUCAGUCGUUCAGUACUAACAACCGUACAAGUGACGUCGGUUGGGACGAGUAUAGCUUGUUCUUGAAGGGGCAACGCAUCCUCUUAUACUCCGGAGAGUUCCACACAUUCCGUCUGCCUGUGCCGUCCCUGUGGCCCGAUAUCCUUCAGAAAAUAAAAGCUGCGGGACUGAAUGCGAUAUCCCUCUAUACGCACUGGGGUCUUACAAACCCUGCGCCAGGUGUAGUCGACUUCGACUCUUUCCGUGCUCUCGCUCCUCUCUACGACGCGGCCAAAGCGGCAGGCAUAUGGGUCGUCCUUCGACCAGGCCCGUAUAUCAAUGCGGAAACCACAGCUGGAGGGAUGGCACAUUGGGUGACGACGGAAGUGAGCGGCCAGCUAAGGACAGACGCGGCGGACUAUGCGGCGAGCUGGAAGGACUAUCUGAAAGGUGUGAUUGGAGAGAGCGAAGGGUAUCAAAUCACGGAAGGAGGACCAGUCAUUGCUGUGCAAGUUGAUAAUGAAGUAUGGCAGAUGAGUCCCGAUACUCCAAACCCGGAGUACUUCGUGGAACUCGAGGACUUCUAUCACAACUCCUCCAUAGUGGUUCCUCUCACGUACAAUGAUCCUACCGAGUUGAAGAACUUCGUCAACGGAACAGGCGCUGUUGAUAUAUAUGGCCUCGACUCAUAUCCUCAAGGCUUCGAUUGCUCCAACCCUGAAACCUGGACAGGCGUCACCACGAAUUAUCAUGAUUACCAUGAAGGCACGAAUCCUAGCCAGCCUCUCUACAUCCCGGAAUUCCAAGGUGGUGCAUUCGAUGCUUGGGGACCAACGGCACCAGGUUACCAAAGUUGCAGAGUAUUGACGGGCGGCGACUUUGAGAGCGUGUUCUAUAAGACGCUUUGGGCUGCUAACGCGAAGAUGAUGAGCUUUUAUAUGGUUUACGGCGGUACUUCGUGGGGCGCCAUACCCUUCCCUGGUGUUUACACUUCUUAUGACUACGGCGCUUCAAUUACGGAGAACCGCGAGCUCACCCCCAAAUACGACGAACUCAAACUACAAGGCCUCUUCUUGCGCACCUCGCCGGAAUUCUACAAAACUGAUUGGAUCGGGAACAGCAGUUCCACUGCUGUGACUGUCUCUAAUUCAGACGCGUUCGUGGUGAAGCUUGUAAACCCAGAGACCACCACCGGGUUCUACAUCGCGAGACAAAAUGACUCUACGUCCACGUCCAGCGCCACCACAGAAUUCACAUUAGCGGUUGAUACGUCCGCCGGAGACUUUACCAUCCCACAGGCUGUACCCGCCAUCACCUUGGGUGGCAGACAGUCCAAAGUGGUAGUCACGGACUAUAGCUUCGGAUCCUCCUCGUUGCUUUAUUCUACUGCCCAGAUUUUGUCCGCAGGAAAAAUCGGCACAAAGGAUGUCCUGUUCCUCUACGGAGACUCCGAUCAGGACCACGAGAUUUCGAUUUUCUUGGACGGCAAUACAACAGAGGCUACCCGGGCUAUCCCAAACAACUCGUCUUCCUCCGGGUCGAUCACCUUCUCAUCUCUGAACUCGACCGCCGGUGCCGCCAACGCAUCCCUCAUAGCGUUCACGAAAGGUCUCGACGGCAUCUACACAGUCCACGACUCCGACAACCAGCUCGUUCUAUACGCCGACACUCUGACGGCCACCACUUUCUGGGCUCCCACGAUUGCAUCCCCCAACUCUAGUGAUCCUCUGGCCAACUUCUGGCAGAUUGGCACCAACGAUACAGUACUCGUAGGAGGGCCCUACCUUGUCCGAAAUGCGUCGAUUUCCGCAGAUGGCAGUACGUUGGACCUGAGGGGCGACCUGAACGCGAGCGUGACGCUCAGCGUAAUCGCACCAGAGUCCGUAGAGACUGUGACUUGGAAUGGGGUGGCGCUCUUGCCAGACAGCGGUGCUUCGUCGGCGCUGACGUUCGUCGGGAGUUUGACGAUGUCGAGCCCCAGUGGCAGCUCCAAUAGCACGGGUAUUGUGGCACCAGUUCUCGAGGGUUGGAAGUACGCAGAUAGUUUGCCGGAGGUGACACAAGGAGUCGACUUUGAUGAUAGCGCGUGGGUGGAGGCGAACCACACGACGACGAACAUCCCGUUCCCGAUAUGGUAUGGUGACGGGAGAGUGUUAUACGGAUGUGAUUAUGGCUUCUGCGAAAAUAUUGUCAUAUACAGGGGCCAUUUCAAUGCGACCGGAGCAGAGAAAUCUGCCAACUUGUCGAUCAAUGGCGGAGAAGCGUUUGCUGCGAGCGUGUUCUUGAACAACCAUUUCUUGAAUACAACAUUCGGAAAUUCAACCAAUGACGACAACAUUAUUCCAGAGACCGAUCAGAUAUAUACUUUCCCUGAUGGACUAGUCCUCGAAGGCCAGGAUAACGUGAUCACUAUCGUCCUCGACAAUAUGGGCUUGGACGAGACCAAUAACACUGGCACGACGAACGAUUCGAAGUCUCCGCGAGGAAUCCGUGGUUUCCAAUUGAACUCAGGCAACUUCACAUCCUGGAAGGUCCAAGGCAAAGUCGGUGGCUAUACGAGUUUCCCCGAUAAACACCGUGGCAUUCUCAACGAAGGUGGCCUUUUUGGUGAACGUCAAGGAUGGCACCUUCCCUCUUUCGAUACCUCCUCCUGGACAUCGCUCGAUCUUUCCUCCGGGCUUCCUAAUGCCACUGCUGGGGUCGGGUUCUUUGUCACAACGUUCGAUUUGAGCCUGCAUGCGGGCUUCGAUAUCAUGCUGUCAUUCAAUUUUGCGGACGAAGCAGGGAAUGACGGGCAGCCUUACAGGGCGUUGCUGUUCGUAAAUGGAUGGCAGAUGGGGAAAAGAGUUACAAAUCUUGGACCUCAGGCGAAAUUCCCGGUCCACGAAGGUAUCUUAGACUACAACGGUACUAACACCGUUGCUGUUGCAUUAUGGGCCAUGGAGUCCGUCAGCGUCUCCCCUCAGUUGAACGUAACGAUCGAUGCGAUUAUCGAGGGUGGCGUAGGCGGAGUUGUGGCCAACAACCCUGCCUGGUCUUCGUCGGGUAGGGCGUAG